AUGGAUAUGAUAUGGCUAUCUAUAUACCCAACUGGGAACAUAAAAAGAGAUGGGCAAAAUCAUGUUUCUAUUUAUUUGGUGCUUAUGGAUCCAAGUUCUUCACUUGAUUGGGAGGUCAACGCCAUUGUAAAUUUCUCUGUAUAUAAUUUUCUCAAUGACAAGUACGUUAUCACUCAAGAUGCAACUAGAAGGCAUUUCAAUGCCCUGAAAACUGAGUGGGGUCUCCCAAAAUUUAUUGACCUCGACAUAGUUAAUGAUCCUUCAAAUGGUUAUCAGAUUCACGAUACAUAUGCGUUUGGAGUAGAGGUUUUUGUUGGCAAGACCAUGAAUAAAGGCGAUUGCUUAUCAAUGAUACAUGGACCUGUCACUCAUUAUCAUAGUUGGAAAUUUGACAACUUUUCAAUCGCUCGUUCAGAUAUGUAUGAGUCUAUAUCGAAGCUUAUUUUAUAUCCUAAUGGAGUCGUUGAAGGAAAGGGCAUUAGUAUCUCAUUAUUUUUAACCGUGGAGGUCUCAACUCUCCCUCUCAAUGAGAAUAUCUUUGGUAUUACAAAUGUAUCAAAAAUUCGGUAA